CGGGGGAGGGCAGAAGCAGCAGCCGUAGUCAAAGGCAGAAGUGAGGGUAACGGCCCGUGAGCGGGGCAUGCGGUGGGUUCAAGGCGCUGCGCCCCCGGCUCUUGCCUCAUCCCCGAGGCAGCGUGUUAAACCCUGGACACUCCCUGUGCAGCUGAGUCAGAAGAACUGCUUAGUGAAGAAUCUGAAGAGGUUUCAGAAGCAGUUAGAAAGAGAAGCAGGAAAGUUUGAGACAACAAAAUGUGCCUUUAUUCUGAAGACCUUCAAAAUGCUUUCAGAGUACCAUUUGUUUGUGGAAGAAUUUUGCAAGAAUCCUGGCAUCACUUGGUUUAUGAAACCGGUUGGCAGGUCACAUGGUGAAGGAAUUUUCCUGUUCUGAAAACUGAAGGAUAUUGUUGAUUGAAGAAGGUGAGAACCACUCUCUGUCUUCUCUUUGGGGAAUAUCCAAGAGACAUUUUGUUCCUUUGCUCUUAUUUCAUCCUCUUAUUCUGUCAUGGGUCGAAAGUUUGACUUGAGAGUUUAUGUUCUAGAGACAUCUUACAUCCCACUGAAGGCCUGGUUAUACAGAGGUGGAUUUGCUUGCUUUUCUAAUACACGAUUUACUCUGAAUAGCAGAGAUGAUCGCUAUGUUCAUCUCACAAAUGUGGCAGUGCAAAAGACUGCACCUGAUUAUGAUCCCAGGAAGGGCUGCAAGCUGGUGACUGACCAUCUUGGACAGUGCUCGACCGCCAGGUGUGGGGCAGGGUCAGUGGAAGUUCUCUUUGCGGAUAUGGACAACACUUACAUCCACAGCCUCCAGAGUGUUCAGAAGAUGAUUAGCAGUGACAAACACUGCUUUGAGCUCUACAGCUAUGACAUCCUGAUCCGUCAGGAUCUGAAACCAUAAGGCUGGCUUCUGGAGGUAAAUGCUUCACCUUCCCUCACUGCCAGUAGCCAGGAAGACUCUGAACUCAAGUGUCAUUUUCUCAAAGACACACUUCAUAUUGUGGACAGGGAGAGCAGACUGACGGGGAAGGAGAAGCGUGUUGGAGGCUUUGACCUGAUAUGGAAUGACAGGCCUGUCAGCAGAGGGGGAGACCUGGGUGCUCUGGUGAAUGAGAACGUCAAGGCAAACACACGUUUAGGCUGCUACAAUGGCAGGAAGAAACAACUGAAGCAGCUUUUCAGGAAUCUUCCUGCACAGCAGAAAGUGUAAUGCUGAUCCCAAGCUUGGGAUGGGAGAGGUCACCGUGGCUGAAGUUCACUCUUCCAUACAUUGGGCAGUAGCAGUUCCCAUUUCUGUCUGGACACUGCUGGCUCAGCACAAGACACUGGCCUUCUUGCUUCUGAACGUUUCCUGGCUUGGAAGCUGCAAUGGGCUUGAAUGAGAUUAUUUCAUAAUGGCUGACACAAGGGAUGCUGGCUUCUCAGCUGUCCAUCUGCACUCGUGCUUAGUUCUGUACUGUGCACAAAAAUAAGAGGGGCUAAACACAUUCUGCACAGCAAAACAAAGCUUUUGGGGAAGGCAGGCACCUGAUCGUCCUACUGCUACUACUAUGGAAACAUGUCAAGAGCAGAAAACCUGUUGCCAUGAUACUGUAAAAAUAACCUCGCCAUCACAUGUUAUGGAGAGGCUGACUGGCUGUACUACACAGGUUAUGUAAGAGUGCGGCUCCAACACAGGGACUUGGCACUGUGUACUGCCGCUUGCUUCCAGAAGAGAUGCAAUUUUCUGAAAAAGCUACGGGCAAGAGCGUUCAGGUAAUAAAGUCAAUGUUAUUUUUAAUCAUUGUAUCUGGAACUCAAGCCUGAAGUGGACAGCCUCGCUUCUUGCAGUUGUACAUUUAGAGUAUGUGGUGUUGGCUACAGAAUGUUAAAACUUAGGUCAAGCAAUGGUAGUUAGCUUUUUAGAUUUAAAGAAAUCACACCUCAGUUUUAAGGAGUCUGAAACAGACUAUUUUUGGAACUCUGCAGAAUUUGACGCGUGUGUGGAACUGGACAAGGCAGCACAGGGCUGCCUGGAGGAGGCACCUCUGGCCUGUUAACCUGGAAGGCGGUCAGGGAGCCAGGAAACCGGCGGAGCUGCGCUUAAAGUUCUGCAUAGCUGUGCAGAAGGGAAGAGAGCAAGGGAAGGGGCCCAGCUCUGUGUUACACAUGCGUGGUUAACAGAACGGGUGAGCUACCUCGAGGGCUGGAGAAAGACGGUCAACUGCCUUGUUUAAAGAUUUAAAUUUUAGCCAGAAAUAUCUUUACAAAAGUUCAAAAAAGA